UUAUUUGAUUGCAUCAAUGGGGCUUCAAGUACUGUGGAGCUUUGGACUUGCUUGUCUUGAUGUGUAUGCUUUGAGGAUAAAACAGGAUCUUCAUAAUCCAGUCUUAGUGAGCCUUUUUGUUGUUGGAGACUGGGUGACAGCAACUCUAUCACUUGCAGCUGCAUGCUCGUCAGCAGGGAUUGCUGUUUUGUAUUCAAAGGAUUUAAACUUCUGCAGUAGUUCAUCACAUCUUCCAUGUGGCAGAUUUGAGCUCUCUGUUGUCUUGGCAUUCAUAACCUGGUUUCUUAUAGCCAUUUCUUCGCAUGUGAUGUUUUGGAUUCUAGCCACAGUUUAACAUUUUAAGCAUUGGUUGCCCUCACAAGAUUAUUCCAGUCGUGACCUUAAAGGACCAGUCACGUGUAAAUCUUGUAACUGUAUCUUCCUUAGUGGUCGUACUGGAAAUUCUUCUGAACUGGUUGAUUGCUUGGAAAACCUGCCACUUAACACUUGAACUUGUUCGAGUUCCAUUUUGAUUUGAGUGUAAAUUAUAAAUCGUAUUUUACUUACUGCAGUUCAAUUGCAUUCAGGUCUAGUGCGAGUCUUGAUAGUUUCAGCUUAGCCAUAUAUGACCUGGACAUUUGAAAAUCAGAAGUUGAAUGCCAUUGGACAUUGUGAUAAA